UGCUGGAGGGCGGCGGAAGCGUGGCAGCCCGAGCAGGGGACCCACAUGGCUUCCUGGGGCCCCACCGCGGUGCUCUUGGUGGUUCUGCCGCUGGUGCCGGCCCCUGGGCUGGGGGGAGCCGUCGCCGAAGACAGCGAAUGGGUGAAGCUGCCUAGUAAAUGCGAAGUGUGCAAGUAUGUGGCUUUGGAAUUAAAAUCCGCCUUUGAUGAAACUGGCAAGACCAAGGAAGUGAUUGACACAAAGUAUGGAUUCUUGGAUGGCAGAGGAUCUAAAAUAAAGUACACAAAAUCGGACAUUCGCCUAAUUGAGGUGCAAGAAAACAUCUGCAACAGGCUAUUGGAGUACAACCUGCACAAAGAGAGGACAGGAAGCAAUCGGUUUGCAAAGGGCAUGUCUGAGACGUUUGAAACUCUUCAUAACCUGGUGCAUAAAGGAGUGAAAGUGGUGAUGGACAUUCCUUAUGAGCUUUGGAAUGAAACCUCUGCAGAAGUGGCUGACCUUAAGAAACAGUGUGAUACACUGGUGGAGGAAUAUGAAGAUGUUAUUGAAGACUGGUACAAAAACCACCAGGAAGAAGACCUCUCCCAGUUCCUCUGUGCAAAUCAUGUUUUGAAAGGAAAAGACACCAGCUGUUUGACCGAGAAAUGGAAUGGCAAGAAAGGGGACAUGUCGGCUUUAGGGCAGAAGAAAACAAAGAAAAAAGAGGGCAAAGCCAAGAAGAACACAAAAACGAAGAAGAAGAAGGACACAGAUGAGCAAGAAAUGGAGACUGAGGAGCCCGGGGCCAAGGAGCCCCUUGAUCAUGUAGAGGCAGAAGGAAACACUCAGAAAGUGGCUCCACUUUCUCACAAAGCUGAUGAACUUUAG